CAAGAUGCAAAGAUAGCUACGCACACUAACGUCCUGCUUACCAAGAGCUGUUGCCAUAAUCGUUCAAGCGAAGUUCCUCUUCUCCCCUUCAACGUUCCUCCCAUCCAUGGGUCGUCCGUUCAAGGUAUACCUCAGCGGGCCCAGAAUCUACAGCUGUGCGACCUGCCGGGCUCACGCGGCCGACCAUGAUGACAUUAUUAGCAAGGCCUUCCAAGGCCGCCACGGGCGCGCGUACCUGAUGAACAACGCGGUUAACGUUACGCUGGGUCCCAAGGAGGAGAGGAUUCUCAUUACGGGGUUGCAUACCGUAGCGGACAUUUACUGCACCUCGUGCAACACGGUACUGGGCUGGAAAUAUGAGCAUGCUUUCGAGGAGAGCCAGAAAUACAAGGAGGGGAAGUUCAUCAUUGAAAAGGCGAAGGUGAUAAAGGAGGGCAACUGGUAACGGCUUGGUCGCUUCCUAUUGGCAAAGUCCACCCGGCUGUAUUGCAGGCCGUGCUUCAUGUGCUCUUGCAGGCGCUGCCUGAACAACGUGAGCGGAUUCAUGCUAAGGACACAAAGCAUGGCUUCGUGCGGCCGGCGCUCGCCAAGGGCACUACCAUACCUUUUCGGUGUCAACAUCCUAGCUGUCAGUAUAAGGGCGCACUGUUCUACAUGGAGUUAUAUCUCAGCGUGGGAAUAAAAGCGAUGGGACAUGGGCUCGACGCUGCUGCAGCUGAGGGUUGACUAAGGCCAAGGGGACGUAGUGGAUUGGGAGCAUGCCCUGCGUGCUCUUUGGGCACUGAUACCGCAGUAUGUGUUCCCAUUCUUGGGCUUAGGUCUUCUAUUCCUGCGGGUAGGCUGUUUCCAUGCGUUUUAGGUAUCUGGGUCACUGUCAAGUAAAUAGCGCUCGCCGUACUCUAGACAUACACGUAGUUGCCGGUUUGACCGACUGGAACGCAUAUACCUUCCUUAUCUGGGAUGCAUUUUUACAUCAUAGGUUUAGCAAGGGAAGCAGCUGUUUGGUGCCAUGCGGGACGGGGGGAUUACCCGUGUCUUCCGUUGCAAGUGUUUUGCCCCCUUCGUUGCAUGCAUAUUCGUUGCGCUGCUGCCACUGCCGCACGAUUUUCGCAUUUGGGGGCUGAGGCGGCGACGCCCUUUGGUAAGGCCGCAUUGUCUCCUGUAGGUAGGGACUGUUUUAGUUGUAUAUUUUUUGUAGUCUACCUUUAGCGGUCGGUUGGCCUUACUUCAGUUGUACUGCAGCGAUGAGGGUGUCGGUGUGAGCACUGAUGACACACACGUUUACUUUGCCACACACGUUCAAAAGUCACGUUACCCCUUGUGGGGCAAGCAGGGCUGCCAACGUGGCGCCUACAUUGCUUGUUGGCGUUGCUGGGGGUUAUCUGGAUUGCUAAUGUACGGUAAUGGGCUUACGUCACCAGCUGCCAGCAUGUGUUGUAUUUGUUUCCUUCCAGGUUGGUCAUCCCCUGCGAUGCUGUUCGAAGGGAUGGUCAAUGGGUCAUCAUCUGGUGUGUUUGUUGCAUACGGUAUCUUUUCGUUUGUCAAUUGCUUCAUCCACAUGAUGCCUGGCUGAUGUGCACGUUAAUUCCUCUUGCGUGCAAGGGACGCAGGGGUGCUGCGUGCUAGGUCGUUGCUGCAGGGUGGUGAUCGUCAGGGUGUUUCAUGCGGACCGAUUCAUUGCGUUUGCACAACGUGGGUGGGAGCCUAUGGUAGUUGCUGUGCGGGGUGAUAGUGAGGUGUGGCGGUGUGGCACAUCCCUGCUGGGUCAUGCUUGACAUGUAUACUACUGUGGGGAGUUUAUGGGCCAAACACCGGUAGGGCUCAAUAAGAGUGCUUUUAUUACGGUCAAUUGUUCAGGUUGAUCCUAAAUUGGUGGUGAUGGGAAUGGGUGGGGCGGUGGGGAUACUACCACU